AUGAAUUCUUUAUCGAAUUUUGAAGAUUUUCCUCCAAGUCCUCCAAUUCCUCCUACUCCUCCCAAUUCUCCAGUCACUCCGGCUCAAGACCAGCACACAGAACUUGACCUACGAUUAUUAUUCUUCCACGGCAACGGAAACGGGAACGGAAACAACGUAGAUAUCAUCCCAAUGGUUCAGCUUACAGAAGUUAUCGACGAGCACUUCCAGGAGGGUCAGCUCGGUCCUGAUGAGGACGAAGAUUUCACUGACACAGACUCUGAAAUCUCGACCGAGUCUGACUAUGACCCUUCUAGCGAAACCCUCGCUGAGCGCCUGUAUGCGCUUCGCGACAUAAUCCCACCUCACACCCGCACCUCGAUCGCCAAUAAGGUCAAUGCAACAACUAGCGCAGUCUCAAGCUUCUUCUCCUUCAGCGGAAAGAGUCUUUGGGUGAUUAGCACUUCUGCGCUGAUCCUGGGUGUCCCGUGGGCUCUGGCCUGGGCUGAGGAGCAACAAGUGAUGGAAAUGGAAAAGGAAAUGAAGAUGCGCGAGAUGGGCGGAGAGAUCCUAACAGCCGGCGCCAGCGGUCCCAACUCUUCGACGGCCCAGCAGGUCGGCGCGGCGCUCGACCGAGAAGCAAAGCCCGCCCUGUAAAGCGUGGCCAGCAUCAAAAUAACUCAUAUGUGAUAUACUCUAUUCGGAGAUAUGCACUACGCCAUGGUCUACUGUUAUCCAUAGCCAAGGCUUGGCCUUAUUUGGCAACCAGUCUUCUUACUCCCUCUACUCGAAAUGAUAGGGCAAUGCGAGGCGUAACUACAAUUACUGGCUCUCGAGACAAGCACACAUCU